AUGAGUGCCGAUGACAACGACGAGCUUCCUGAUGGCUUUGACUUCGGUGGAGAGUUCGGGGAUGACUUGGGCGACUUGGGGGGCGAUAUGGGGGACUUCGAGGAAGCACCUCCACCAGUGGAGCAAAAUGCCAAGGGCGUUACUCGAUUUCAGAUGAUCGAAUACCUGAGCCAGCGCGAGUGGUGGAGGAGAAGUCAGUGCAGGUUGGGUUUCACCACCGUCUUGUGGGUGAUUUUUGCUUACUUGGCCAUCGUCAGAUCCAAUGUCACCCAAGCAUACAAAGUGCAAGAAGCCGUGGUCAGCUACGUGGAGGGCAUCAUUUCCCAUCCGGGCAUCAGUGGUGUUCGCUUGCGCACGCCGGCCGAAUCCAACAUGCCCUGUCGUUGUGGCUGUCGCCACAUCGGGGGCUUUCCCGCCACCUCGUGCACCGAAGACAGUCAGACAGAGGCCUUUGAGUUCCUGGGCCGGCUACCCGGAGACAGUGCCGACCGAUUGGUGGCAGCGACGGGAGGCUUCUACCCGAUGGGAUCUCAAGACAUGGAGCCCAUGACCUGGGGUCGCAUUCGAACCGCCGAGGACGUGAUGGUAUGGAUGGAGCACGGCUUCUUGCCCAAUGUUUGGGGCACUGUCGCAGGGAAGGUCAUCCGCCGUCCUGGCUUGAUCUUGAAUCGCAACCUGGUGGUGGGCGGUGUCCGUGCCCGUCAGUGGCGAGCUAACUUGGACCUGGCAAGCUGCAACUUGCCCGCUUCCUUAAGCAGUUGGUACACCGUCCUGUGCCGCAGCGCAGACGUGGCCAUGGAUCCCUUCGGACCUUUGGCGGAUGUCAACUUCACACUCGUCGACCAAAUGCCCACGGGCGUGCGGAACGCAUUCCUGUCCUCCUCGUCAACAGAAGGAGCUUACGAUGCACACUUCGAUGUGGAGAGGCCCCUGAGGGAUGCACUCGAGACAGCCACGCAGUUGCGACGAAGCAGCUGGUUGACGGAAGCAACGACCUCCUUGCAGCUGGAGGCCCUGAUGCUCAACGGCGAGAGCGGUUCCUUUGUGAUCCUCAGCAUCACCUUUGAGUGGCUGAACGAUGGGGCCAUCACAAAGCGAGUGAGAAGCCAUGUCUUCCGUGCGGUUCCAGGACAAGCCUUUGUGAUGGACUUUCUUCCAGAGAUUUUCUGGCUUGUCCUGAUUCUACUACUCCUGAGACAAGAGCUUUGGGAAGUCCUCAAGAUGACUUUCAAGCGUGAGCUUCGAACCUACUUGUCGAGCUACUGGAACUUGGUGGACUGGAUCUCGAUUGGAGUCGGAGUUGCUCUCGCUGUUUACUCUCUGUGGAUCCAGGAGUUCACCGCUGCCUUGGCAACGGGCGUAUCGCAACUUCCACGUGCCCCACUGGCCAGCGAUCUCGAUGAGAUCGCAUAUCAGGGCAGGUGGUCCAAGAACAUUGACGACGCCCACGCCAUCGUUGUGAUGCGGGGCUACUUUCAGCUCAGCCUCUUUUGGUAUUCCUCCAUCAUUACAGCCAGAAUGGUGAAAGGGUCCCUUGGCCAAGCCAAGCUCGCCAUGAUCCAGAUCACUUUGGCAGAUGGCUUCUGGGAUGUGCUUCAUUUCAUGAUGAUUUUCCUCGUGGUCUUCAACAACUUCGCAGUCGGUGGAAAGAUCUUGUUUGGUCCAGAGCUGGAGGGAUGGUCGACAUACCCUCAGUGUUGUGCUAGUGCCGUGAUGAUGCUGAUGGGUGCUGCCAACUUUGAUGAACUCUAUGGCGUGGCUCCAAUAUCAUCGACCAUCUGGUAUUGGCUCUUCAUCUUAAUGAUGAUGUUCCUUAUGAUGAACUUGUUGAUUGUGAUCGUCGUCGACCACUUUUGCCAAAUCCGAGAUAGCUGUGGCGACACUGCUGGGAUUCUUCACGACUUGAAGUGGUCGUGGAAAGAGUUCCUCUUCAAAAUCGAAUGGCGCAGGGACCAGUUUAGGGAAGGUGAAUACAAGGCCUGUUUCUUUGGAAAUCCAUACGAAGGCUUGCUCGAGGGCUUGAUGCAAAAUGCCAAAGCGGGAGAAGUCAUGGAGAAGGCAGCCGCAAAGAAUUGUCUGGCAUUGCGGUUGAACAGGAAGAAGCUCGAGGAUUUAAGCGUCGAAGCCCCGUCGGAGGAUGCAAACCCAGGCUUCGGGAUCGUCACGAACCUGGAGCUGCGCAAGAUUGCAUGUGAUGCGGGCACCGCGCAGUUCUUGAUCGACGGCUGUGAACAUUUCGUGGCGUCGGAGAAGAGCACCCUGCACCUGGGAGUGUUAAACCAGGUCCGGAGCUUCGUAAGCUUGCUGAAGCAAAGCAAGGAAACCUUGGACUCCCACUGCAAGCUGAUGGAGGAAGGGAUCGUAGAGGAUCAAGAGGAGCUGGAGCAGAUCAUGACAAGGCUCGAGGAGUCCGUUCAAGCAGCUUUCGAGGGAUUCCAGGAGUUGGCUUCCACUGGAAUCGAUACUCUGGCGCCCCCGGCUUUGGGCCAAGGGGGUGAGAUGAAGCAGGCCAUCACCGACCUCAGGCAGACUGCCACAGCCUAA